CGAAACUGGGUUGGCAUUGACCAAAGUGCUGUAUUUAAAGGCGUUGCCUCGCCGGUGCUGAAGUCAAGAGCUGAACGUUAGACGAAGCACCCUUCCCAUCCUCAAGCCUCAUUCUCUCGGUUCACAGGUUCAGACUUCUUCACCAUGAAGGCCAAUCUCAUGAUGCUAUUGGCGCCUCUGGCGGCCAUGGCAGCACCCACCCCCGACAACAACUUGGAGGCUCGUCAGGCCAGCCAGAGCAUCGACACUCUGAUGAAGGCCAAGGGCAAGCUCUACUUCGGUGCCUGCACCGACCAGGGCCGUCUCACCUCGGGCAAGAACGCGGCCGUUUUGCAGCAGAACUUCGGCCAGGUCACGCCUGAGAACAGCAUGAAGUGGGAUAGCACUGAGAGCCAGAGGGGCAAAUACAAUUUUGGCCAGGCCGACUACCUCGUCAACUGGGCCACCACCAACAACAAGACCAUCCGUGGCCACACCUUCCUCUGGCACUCGCAGCUUCCCGCGUGGGUCAGCAACAUCCGCGACAAAAGCACGUUGACCACGGUUCUCCAGGACCACAUCACCACCAUCAUGACCCGUUACAAGGGCAAGGUCCGUGGAUAUGACGUCGCCAACGAAAUCUUCAACGAAGACGGCUCCCUCCGCAGCAGCGUCUUCUACCAAGUCCUCGGCGAAGACAUGGUCUCGAUCGCCUUCAAGGCGGCCCGGGCGGCCGACCCGGGCGCCAAGCUGUACAUAAACGACUACAACCUCGACAGCCCCAACGCCGCCAAGCUGACCAAGGGCAUGGUCCAGCACGUCAACAAGUGGGUCGCCGCCGGCGUGCCCAUCGACGGCAUCGGCACCCAGGGCCACAUCAGCUCCGGAGGCGGCAGCAACCUCGCCGGCGCCAUCAAGGCGCUUGCUGCUGCCAAUGUUAAGGAGGUGGCGGUCACGGAGCUCGAUAUCCAGGGUAACAAUGCUGGUGAUUAUGCUACUAUUACCAAGGGAUGCUUGAGUGAGCCCAAGUGUGUUGGUAUUACCGUUUGGGGUGUUCGCGAUCCGGACUCGUGGAGACCCAAUGGCAACCCGCUCCUUUUCGAUUCCAACUGGAACCCCAAGGCUGCCUACAACUCCAUCGUUCAGGCUCUUCAGUAAGCGAGGCGGGCGGGGAACACUUUGGAGGGUUUGGAUCGUAUUAUCGAUCUUGUCCCCACUUCCCAGAGGGGGAAUUUCUGUUUCUUCUGUGUAUCAGGAGUCUGAUGUGCC